AUGAUAGUUACUAUAAACAAUUAUUCAAGUUAUUAAAGUACGAAAAAGAAAGAGGAUGCUACUUCAACUUAAAUAACAGAGAGAUAUGCAUAAGAAUCAUAAAAUAACACUAUUUUGACGCAAAAUUUGGCACACUACUAAAGUCGGCAAUAGUCAGAUGCAAAUAUUGAAUAAUUAAACCUAUAUCCUAGCGAUUCACAUAUCUAUAACACUCCUAAAAAGUAAUCAAAAUUAAAUAGAGAAUUUAUUUUAAAGAGUAAUGAAGUUCUAAAGAACAAACAACUAAAUUUAACUACUGAGAAUGUUAAUAUAACUACAAGCAAAUUAAAUUCAUCAAUAAUUGUUCUAAAAAAAUUGGAUGAAAAAGAAUGUAAAUAUUGUGGAUAAACUGAUUCACCUAAUAAUUUUAUACGUCCUUGUCUCUGCAAAGGAUCUAUGUAACAUGUACAUUAAUAAUGUGUCUAAAAAGACAUUGAGAAUAAUUUUAUGGAUGAGAAACAAAGAAGAUUCAUCAAGCCUAUUAGAUGCGAAAUUUGUAAAUUUGUUUUUAAGAUAAAAAUAUAUAGAGAGACUAAUUUACUUUAAUCAUUUAAGGAUCCUAUUAAACAUGAAAAGCUAUUAUUUCUAACAUUCGUUUUGACAAUUCUAGUUUUGAUAACAAUUGCACUUAUCAUAAUGUCUAUUUUAAUCAAAGAGGAAUUGAGAUUGCAUAUUGAUUUAUUAAUGGGGAUAGUGAUUGCUUUUUUGAUAGUUCUAGGAUUAAUAGUAGCAUUUUCUUUAAACUUUUUGGAUUUGAUUACAAAUUAUUAUUGGUUUGUUUAGGAUAGGCAAAUAGGAAAUAAAGUUGACCAUGGAAUAUAGGUGGAUUACUAGAGUUUGAAUUUGAUUUUAUCCAGUGGGACACUGAAAUAUUAAUGGAAUAAAAGUUAAGUACUUCCACUAAAUGAAUGA